AUGGCAAACAUGCAGAAGCAGCUGAACUCGCUGUCGGGGAACCAGCAGCGCCAGCCGGCUGCACCAGUUUCACCUACUACGCCGAAGAAACCGCGGCGACCUCGACGGGUCGCCCAUGAGCCGCCGCUCCUGACAGAGCUCCGGGGCCUCCUUGCCCAGGCUGACCGCCUCAAGGAGCCGCCGUCCACGAGCCAGAUCGUCGAGAAGCUCACGGCAGUGCUCGCCAGGGCGGGCGCCCCGCCAUCCAGCUCGCCUGCUGGGCCCCGAGGGCCCGCACCGGCAGCUGCAGCAAAACUUUCGCCACCGCCGCAGGGCCAGCGCUCGUUCCACAAGGUGUGGGCGCUCGACUGGGGCGGUGCCAAGAUCAUCCAGGCCACAGCCGCCCCCAAGGCAACGAUCAUCGAGCCCGUCGUGAUCGCGUGCCAGUCCGACCACGACUACGACAAGGUGAUGGAGUGGCGCCGGGCCACAGGCUGCACCGUCGCCUGCACCUUCGUCGUGUUCAACUCCGCCAAGGCGCCGCUGUCCGACGUGCUCGUCGAAGGACCGCGGGGUCCCACUACGCAGAAGGCUUGGCUCGAGGGCGUGGGCUCAGGCGCGCCCGUCCGGUCCAAGCUACCCCAGUCCGUGAAGGACGACACCGCCGAGCCCGCCCCGAAGGUCGCCACCUUCUCGGUCCGCAUCACGGUGUCCGACGCCUACGCCGAGAAUGCCCUUUUCGGGCGUGCGCGCCAGGAGCCCUUGGCGCUCCCCGCCCUCGUCUUCAGCCCGGAGGCGUGCAAGCACAUCCAGCGCGUGAAGGCCGCCAUCGACUACACGUCGGAGGUGACCUGCGUAGCCAUCGUCCGCGAGACGGGCCGCUCCGACAUCAUGGGCGGAUCCCUCCCCACCGGCGUCUUCUGCAACGAGCAAGGCACCACGCUCGUGCCACGCUGGUUCCCCCAGAAGUCCGAGGAGACGGCAUCCGUGUACUACAACAGGGUGCUCCAACUUGCUACCGGCGCCUCCGGCCGCCUCGUCUUCCGCCCGUCCCUCGACGCGGCGCUCGGUGUGGUCGCAAAGAAGGUGAUCAUUGACGCAGACAGUGUCGGCCCCAGAUGGUGCAUCCAGCGGGCCCCUGAAGGGUGGACAAACACCGAUGAGGUCGAGGCGUGGAUCACCGCGCGGGGCUUCGUCAACGUAUCGAGCGUGGCCAGGUCUGGUCGUCGCCGUUGGUUUUUCCGCGGCGACCUUGCGGAUUGCCCUGACCGAUCGGCUUUCCAGUUCAGCUCAGGAGUGACCGUCUCCAUGGUCCUCUCGGGCCCCAAGAAGAAGAGGGACGACGAGGCGUCCAAGCCAAAGAGUACAUGGGGCGCCCCUGCCAGCAAGCACGCCCCUGCUGCACCGACCCCAGAAGCAGAGGGCGGCGACCACGCCAUGGACACGGCCGAGGCGGCCCCUGCUGCCGAGCCAGCCGGCACGCCUCCAGCCAGCACGCCUGCAGCCGGCACGGGCCGCAAGGGCCCCCCGCUCGCUGGCGCCCCGAAGGACAAGAAAGCCAAGACCACACCGCCCAAGCCAUUCGCUGAGCAUUUCGACACAGUGGACUGCGGCGGAGCGGGGGACUGCUUCUACCUCUCCAGCUCGCGUGGUAUCCACGCGCUGAGCCGCCACCCGAAAGCGCUGAAGAAAGAGGACACCGACCCCGGCGGGAACAUGCAGGCCUCCCUGCGCCUGAUCAUGGCCUCCGAGCUCCGGAAACGCCCCAAGCACUACGACGUGCCCCAGAUUGCCGACAUCGUCGAGAAGCUCUCCACAGCCGGGCAGGCCGCCACGUCCAUGACCGUGCACGCCACCGCCGUGGGCAGCUCCACGGAGUUUGCCAUCUGGGCCAAGUCGCCCAGUGGCCACUGGACCCUCUACCUCCCGCCGAAGCCCCCCGCCGGGAGCAAGUACAAGCAGGCGGUGUGGCUCGUCCUCGAGAGCCGCCACUACCAGUGGCUGCGCCCCAAGGCGGCGGCCCCCCUCACCAAGGAGAAGGACAAGGAGUGGCGCGCCGCUGCGCUGCCUUACCCCACCGACUUCACUGGCGCCGGCCGCGGCACCACCGACCCCGACCUCGAGGCUGCCAAGGAGCUCCUCGGGAUCACGGACGACAGCGACGACGACGACAGCGACCUGGACGCCGCCCGCAGCCUGCUGGGUCUCUCUGCCCCCUCCUCGCGCCGUGGCCGCACCGCCCGCGCCCGGAGCUUCCUGGGCUGCCCCGAGGAACAAGAGGCCUUCCUGGCCAAGCGCAGCCCACGCAUCCAGCCUGCCUUCUGCGACCUCAUCGGCACGGAGGGCAGCCGCCGCGAGACCAAGCAGGGCACCGUCGCUACCUACAAGUGCGUGCGGUGCGGCCUGAAUCGCACCCUCGCCGAGGCCCGGCGCUGCCCCUGCACGGCGAGGGCAAACAAGCAGACCGUCUCCCGGGCGCAGUUCCUCGCGAGCUCCCUGGGCCCCAAGAAAGCCAAGGCCCAACGGGCCACACAUGCCGCUGCCCAGCGGAAGUGCAACGCCGACUGGCGCUCUCGGAACCCCGAGCGCCUAGCCAAGCUCAAGCGGGAGAGCCGCCAGCGUCACCGCGACGCGAUCCUGGCCCGGGAGCGCAAGUACUACCAGAAGAACAAGACGCUCCUGCAACAGAAGGCGCGGAGGGCUCGCGCCAGCUGGACCCCUGAGCGGCGCGCCCAGGAGGCCAACAACCAGUUCGUCUACCGCGUCCUCGCGAAGCGCCGGGAGUUUCUCACGCCGCACCUCGCGCUGACUUGGCUCGUCCUGGAGCCCCCCCGGGUCAACGUCGAGGGUCUCACGUCGCAGCUCGUGCUGAAUCGGGCCGUCCUGGAGCAUUGCCGGGUCGUCUCCAAGCAUGUUACGUUGCAGCUCACGCUGAUUUGUGUCGCCCUGGAGCCUUUCCGGGUCGUCGUAGAGAGUUUCACGCACCACAUCGUGCUGAAUCGUGUCGUCCUGGAGCUUUGCCGGGUCGUCCUCGAGCAUCUCACGUCGCAGCUCAUGCUGAAUCGGGCCGUCCUGGAGCAUUGCCGGGUCGUCUCCAAGCAAGUUACGUUGCAGCUCACGCUGAUUUGUGUCGUCCUGGAGCCUUUCCGGGUCGUCGUAGAGAGUUUCACGCACCACAUCGUGCUGAAUCGUGUCGUCCUGGAGCAUUGCCGGGUCGUCUCCAAGCAAGGUGCGAUGCAGCUCACGCUGAUUCGUGUCGUCCUGGAGCCUUUCCGGGUCGUCGUCGAGAGCUUCACGCACCACAUCUUGCUGAAUCGUGUCGUCCUGGAGCUUUGCCGGGUCGUCCUCGAGCAUCGUACGUCGCAGCUCAUGCUGAAUCGGGCCGUCCUGGAGCAUUGCCGGGUCGUCUCCAAGCAAGUUACGUUGCAGCUCACGCUGAUUUGUGUCGCCCUGGAGCCUUUCCGGGUCGUCGUAGAGAGUUUCACGCACCACAUCGUGCUGAAUCGUGUCGUCCUGGAGCAUUGCCGGGUCGUCUUCGAGCAUCUCACGUCGCAGCUCAUGAUGAAUCGGGCACGCGUACGUUGUCUUGAAAGCGUACACAGUACGAGGCUUGACGCCGCUGGAGUGGCCCGCGUCGACGUGGACGCCUCCAGCACCGCAGUCUGGGCCAAGUGGCACAGAUCGCUGUCGCACCGCGACAAGAAGUUCCUCGACAUCUUCCGGUCGGGGGCCACCAAGACGCCGACGCGGGGGGGCGAGGCAGCGCCGUGCCCAUGGUGCCGCCAGCCGCUCGCCAGCCUCCGGCACAUGUUCCAGGACUGCCCGCGCUUCGACACGGAGCGCGCAGCGAUCGCCAGAGAUCUACGCCUUCCUUCCUCCUUCUGGCGCACCCAGCCCCGGGUGACGGCCAAAUCCGGUUGGAUCACCUACGAUGCGGGGAGGACCCCGGAACGACGCGGAACCAUGCAGGUGGCAGCGUGCCGGCUUGGGCUGGCCAUCGUCGCCGCUACGUUCGACCUCAACGGCGGCUCCUCGUUCGACUAG